AAGAUAAGGUUGUAGUCUCCAACUUAUCACACACUUGGUUUUUAGAGAGAGAGAGAAAUGGCAGAAGUUGGCCAUCUGGUAUCGGCAAGAAACGUCAGCCCAUUUCCCAGUUCCUACCCAACUAAGGCUAAAUCCUUCAAGUUUCAGUGCAGAAUCAGAGCCGCUUCAAAAAGAAAUGACUUCUCACCGAUUAAAAGAAAAAGUAGCAGGAAUCCACGCCGAAUGAUCAAAAUAUCAACAUCCGACGGGAGAUGGCAGGGGGAAUGGACCUGCGACUACCUUCUGUCUCUGAAGGACCUGCGGUUGCAAGAUUUGGUGGAAGAUGAACAUAAAAAAGAUGCACAAGUUUUUAUCAACCUUGCCAUCCACAAGCACGCUAGCUUUGGUCUUUCAGUGGAUGGAAGGAUUCUUACAUCCUUCACAAGAAAAUGUAGUAUCUGUGCCUCACCAUACUGCAGAGAGAUUGACACAACCUUCAGUGUAUGGGUUCUUCCUUCAAGCAGAGACAAUGAUGCAAAUCAACUACCUGAAAUCGGGGGCGAUGAUCCAUCAGUGAUAUAUGUUAAACCUGGAUAUGAAGCUGACCUUGAUUCACUAGUACAAGACACAAUCCGUCUUACCACCUCAGUAAAAGAUACUUGUUCGGAGUUGUGUGAGAGAUCAAAUCCUACAUUGCAAUAUAUUGGUGGACAAGAUGCAGGUUCUAGCGGUAAGAGGUGGCCUAGACUCUUGGAACUAAGGAAUGCAUAUCGCGGUUUACAUCCAUAGAGAUCACCUUUAGACAAUUUUAUCAUUUUUUAGAAGUGUGUAAUGCGAAGAAUAUUAGAGCAAGAGGGCUUCAUAUGCUAAUGUUAAGUUGUAAUUUUUAAGUUCUUUGUUGACUUUAUUCCAUGCCAAUUUCUUUGUA